AUGGGUGAAUUGAGUAAUGGUGGCGGAAUGGUGAUGAUGAAUGAGGAUUAUUCCGGUGAGAAUGUUACUCAUUCAUUACUCAUUCAACAACGGAAUGGAUCACCGAUGCAAUCAUGCUCGGGAAAUGAGGAAGAACAAAUGGGUGAUGAAGAAAUGAUAAAGCGAAAUUUUAAAGAGCGAUCAGGACAAGAUAAGAAAAGUAAUCAAAGUCAAGAUUUGUUAAAACAACAAGUCAGCGAUUUAGCUAUACAAAUGACAUAUCUCUCUCAUCAGGUUACACUUUUGUUGAAUGCUCUUCAUGUGCCAUCUUGCCAAUGCGGUAUUUGUAAGCCAUAUUAUCAAACUCAGGUUGAAAUGUUCAAAUUAUUAAAAGAUGGUGCAUCAAUACAGUUAUCAUCUAAUAAAAUUAUUGAUGAUAAUAAUAAAUCAGCGAAUGUGGCACAAAAUGGUUUUAUCGAAAAACGUUCAAUGAAAACUGAGGUGCCGAAAACUUCGCCAUCAUCAAUGGGAGCAGUAACAGCAGGAAAUGUUCAAACAAUCUCAAAUGUGCCUUCAAUGAAUGAUUGUGAGGCAUUGCUAUCACAAAUUUUCACGCAAACUGGACUUCCGCUAAAUGGUGCUCAGGUUGCGGCAGCUGCAGCUGCCGCUACGGCGGGUUUACCCGCAGCAUUUGGCCUUGCUGCUGCUGUGGCUGGAACUUCAUUUACAAAACCGCUGAGUGGGAAUCCUUCAAAUAAAGUUCAUCAGAAUCACCAGAACGCAAACAGCAGCGGACGACGGUCGAAGUACUGUUCACCGGAAGAGAAGAAAGCAGUUGCGGAAUAUGCGGAAGCUCAUGGCCCUAGUGCAGCUGCUCGAAAAUUUGGUAUUCCAACUCCGGUUGCUGCCUAUUAUCAUCGGAAAGAAUAUAAACUGAAGCCAUCUCCAAUUGCACUUACACCUCAGAUAAUGCCUUCGGUAAAUGCUGGUUCCCCAGGUACAACCUCAGGUGAUGACCUCGAUAGCACGAAUGGUGACUGCCAAAAUGGCCCAGUUCUAAGUGCCGUGAAAUUUUCCAGUUCAAACGCUACUUCAAAGACCUCAGAACAGUACCCGAAACCAAAUCCGGCACACAGCACCGGUAGUCCGGGUUUCUUACGAGGACGUGGCCGAGGGCGUCCGAAGUUAAUUGGGGAUGAACUUGACGCUGAAUUGGUUGAUUACAUGGUUCAGAUUAAGCAGUCUGAUCCACGAGGACAUCUGACUGCAUCGCAAGCACUUGCAAUUGCUCGGGCUUACAUUAUGGAGAAGGCUCCUGGUCUCCUGGAAGAGCACGGAGGUCAUAUUAAACUGAAACUAACUUGGGCUAUGAAGUUAGUUGCUAGAAUCAGUGAACGACAAAAGGAAAUUGAAUUUGGUUUACCGGCAGGAACUAUCGCAAAUAUGACAAGUACAUUUUGUUCGGGUUAUAACUAUGGGACGAUGUCAAAUCCAAGUUUACCCGGUGGAAAUUUUAUGGCUGAUGUGGUCGCCCAAAAUCUUUUGAGUCAGCAAAUGACCCAGAUUAUGACUCAGGCAGUAUCAGGUAAUUAUUAUAUCUGUGAGCAAUUGAAGCAGAUCAUGAAUCAAUCAUCAUUAGGUUCAGCACCUGCAUCAGCUACACCACAAAUCCUGAACAUACGUGAAUUAGAAUUACCAAAACCUGAUGAUGGUGAUCUGAAAGGUGAAAUUGUUAAUGCUGUUGAAAAUGAUACAAAAGAAGAUAUGGAUGUUACAGAACAACAUUUUGAUACUGAUAUCGAAAAUCAGGCCGGUAAUGUUGGAAAUCAAACAGGUCAUAAGAAGACAUCUGCUCAGCAACAUUUCAUUCCAUCUAAUACUUUUUGA